AUGAAGUCUCAUCUGCUUGCUACUACUUUUGCUGCCUUGAGCUCAGUAGUCUCAGGGUCAACCUUCAGUCCUGCUCGCCCACCUGCGAUUCCUCUUGCAGUCAAGUCUCCGUAUAUGAGCACGUGGCUUGAAGUAGGGAGUGAUGGCGGAUCUGGAGGUAACUUGGCGGGGUCCUGGCCACGUUUCUGGGCGGGUCCACAGCCAGGUCCAGUUGCUGGCCCUAAUGGUGCGGUGACAGGUUGGGCAGGUUUGAUCAAAGUCGAUGGUACCUCGUACACUUGGAUGGGAGCACCUGUUGUCAAUGGUGUUGCACCCACGCUUGUAUCACAAGAUAGCUUUGAGUACACUUCUCAGAGGUCCACCUUCAUCAUGAAUGUUGCCGGCAAGGUCACUAUGAACGUUACGUUCAUUUCGCCUGUUACACCUACGGAUCUGAAGAAGAUGUCAAUUAUCGGGACGUAUCUGUCUAUAUCAGUAGUCUCCCGUGAUGGAGCAACUCAUUCGGUACAGCUCUACGCCGAUACUUCAGCUGAAUGGGUCAAUCCUACACACAAUCAAGAUGUCGUUCAGUGGAGCUACACUGUCGAGAACGGAGUCGCCAGUCAUCAGUCUUUCCAACAAACUCAAAGCGAAUUCAACGCAGACUUUCCUGAUGACGCUGCUCAUUGGGGAAACUGGUACUGGUCAACGGCUGCGAUGUCAUCCAUGACCUACCAAAAUGGCGCCGAUGUGACCGUCAGGCAGAAUUUCCUCAGCAACGGAGCGCUUCCAAACACACAGGACUCCAACUACAGAGAGAUCAGUACCAACUGGCCUGUCUUCGCAUUCGCAAACGCUCUGGGAAGUGUUGGAACUACUCCAGUCAACACCCUGUAUACUAUUGUCCAUGCCCAGCAAAACGCCAUCUACUUUGAUGGUGCCAACGGACUUACAGCAGUACCUUCUUUGUGGACUAGCUACUUCGGCAGUGAUCUCGCCAUGGUCGAAUUCUUCUAUGGUGACUUUGUCACUAAAGUGGGAGCCAUCGACCACCAAAUCGCUGCAGACUCGCUUGCUGCUGGUGGUCAAGAUUAUUUGACCAUCACUUCUCUAUCCGCUCGUCAAGCUUUUGGUGCAGUCCAGCUCUGUGGAACGACAGCUAAACCAUAUCUUUUCCUGAAAGAAGUUAGCUCCGAUGGCAACAUCCAAACUGUGGAUGUUUUGUUCCCAGCCAUGCCUAUCUUCCUCUACUCGAACCCAAUUCUCGUGAAGUAUCUGCUAGAUCCUUUAUUCGAGAACCAGGAGGCAGGCAACUUCCCGCAGACAUAUUCGAUGCAUGACCUUGGACCAAAUUAUCCUCGAGCCAUUGGUCAUCCCACCGGCGACGGAGAAUACAUGCCUCUGGAAGAAUGUGGAAAUAUGCUCAUCACGACCUUGGCCUACGCUCAACGAGCGAAUGAUGUCGCAUACCUUACUCAGCACUACAAUAUCCUCAAGCAAUGGACCGGCUAUUUAGUACAAGAAGCUCUGAUUCCAGCGAAUCAGCUAUCGACAGAUGAUUUCCAAGGCCAACUUGCCAAUCAAACGAACUUGGCAUUGAAGGGUAUCAUCGGUAUCCAAGCCAUGUCUGUUAUCGCACAGAAAACUGGCAACACGGCCGAUGCUACUAACUUUUCAAGCAUCGCUCACAGCUACAUCAGUCAAUGGCAACAGUUGGCUGUUGUAUCCACUGCCAGUCCUCCCCAUACGAACUUAGACUACCAGGAUAACUCUUCUCAUGGACUUCUUUACAAUCUUUACGGAGAUAAGUUGCUAGGUCUAGGACUCGUCCCUCAAUCCCUUUACGACAUGCAAAGUACAUUUUACCCCACCGUUGCUCAAACUUAUGGCGUUCCUCUUGAUACCCGAAAUGUUUUCACAAAGUCGGAUUGGCAAAUGUGGGCCGCUUCAAUUUCAUCAGCGUCCACCAAAUCGAUGUUUAUCUCCAAGCUUGCGAGCUGGAUUAAUAAUACGCCCACGAAUCGUGCGUUUACUGACUUGUAUAAUACGCAAACUGGAGACUUUGCCGACGGUCCAUUCAUUGCUCGACCUGUUGUAGGAGGUCAUUUCGCUCUGCUCGCAUUGAACGGCGCUCCGACUUCAAAGAGGGAAGCGAAGGUGUUUAAAGCGUGA